GGCUCGGGCCAACCGCCCACAUCCCUAUAUAAUGCCCCGACCCCUCACGCUCAAUCCUCACGCGGCACACGUAUCGUUCACUCAACGGUCCAAACGAAAAUCUUUCAAUUCAACGAAGGUUGUGUGAAGAGAGCUUGGAUUUUCUUCGAUCUUGAGGUUAAAGAUUCAAGGCUCGGAGGUGAUUCAAAAAGAUGGCAAUGGUUUCAGGAGGAAGGUCGACAUUGAACCCCAACGCACCUCUUUUCAUUCCUGCUGCUUUCCGCCAAGUGGAGGAUUUCUCUCCGGAAUGGUGGCAACUGGUCACAACCUCAUCAUGGUACCAUGACUAUUGGCUCAGCCAGCGUCAGGGUGAGGAUGGUUUCUAUGACAAUGCCGAGGAUGACUUUGAUGGCAUCGAUGUAGCUGACUUGCUGCCGGAGACUUUUGAAUUUGAUGAUGGUGGAGAUUUUUCAAAUGUGGAAGCUCAAUUUGAGGAUUAUUUUGUCCAAUCUUCUGAACACAAAGGCUUGGAAAUGAAUGCUGAAACACUGUUGAAGAACCUGAAAACUUUGGAUGAAAGAGGUCCUAAGUCCCCAGUUCAAGCUGCAAGGAAGUAUAAUGAGAAGCCAGCCAAGUAUGUUAACCCGAAAUGCAGCCCCCGACGCAUCCAGCAGCCUCGCUGAAGGGAACAACUUGUAGCUCUGUUUCUAGUGUCAAAUCAAAUCAAUGUCUCGCAUUUCGCAUUCUGCAGCUUUUGUAUAGGGCAAGGUUGCAACUCUUGUAUCCAUCCUUGUUCAUUCUCGUGUCCUUUAUCAGUUUACAGUUAGCUUACCAACUAAUCCUUGGAAUAGAAAAUUAGAAAAAAAAAAAAAAAGUUGUAAAAAUGCCAAGACAAAAAAAGAAGAGGGGGUUCUGUUUAUCUGGAAAUGAAAAAUUUUCCUUUCUCGUCCA